GGACGUCUCUGACGGUGGGUACGUCCUGAGUCUCGUGAAUGAUAACCAGGUUGUGUGACAUGAUAGAGCAGGACUCCAGCGGCAGUAGGAGAGCGUAGAGAAGCACGUGAAGGUGACAGGUUGGAUGCUGGACUCGUCUUGGCUGUUGCUCCAUAGCUUAACGCAGAGAAACGCGUGGUGCACGGUGCCAGAGCUUCCUGUCGCUGUCCGCACCUUGUAGGGGAAAUUCAACCCGAUCGAAUGACCUACAUGUUUUUAGCACAGUCAGAUUCAACUUUAUGUUAAUUACGCAGGGAAAUUUGUCCAUAAAUUAUGUACACAAUCACAAGAGGUCCCAGCAAACUGGUGACGCAGCGACGCACAGGACCCAGUCAGCAGCUGGACAACAAGAUCAACGACUUUAAGCACAAACAAACACCCUGGAACAUGCCUGACCUUCCUGCACCCAAGAUCGUAUUCAGUCGUCUGAAUGGAAAAAAGCACCAUCCCUCUGCUCAGGCGCUUCCUUCAGACAUUCAGCGUGAAGAGACGUUCUCCUAUGCACAUGAGGAAAACGUCAAGUUUGUCUCUGAAGCCUGGCGAGCUGUGGUUCAUCAGGAGGUCGAGACAGGUCCAGGACUUGAGGUGUCCCAGAGAACAGUUCACUACAAAGAGACCACUCCUGGGCUGCACUUGGACAGUUUUGUUCCCAUAGAUCUGGAUGAAUGGUGGGCCCAAAGCUUCUUAGCCAACAUAGACAAGCCCUCUUGAUGCUUAAAGUGGAUCUGAUGCGGUUCUUUGAGAGGUCAGACUUGAAGAAUGGGGCCAAAACGGAAAAUGAACCCUGAGCCGUUGAUUUGAUGGCUCGAACUUCCCUGAUGUGGUCCAGUUGGUGUUGGAAUGCUAAAACCAGAGUCAAGGGCUACUUGACUUGAACUCUUGCCUUCUGACAACUCGGUCUGAGUCGGACUGCAGCGGAAAAAUGUCUUAAAGCAGAGGUUUCCUCCUCACAGCAGACAACCUUUAAAACGCAGUAAAAAUGUAUUUAACAGA